AAACAAAAAUUUUAUUAUUCCAAAUGAGAUAUGAACACUUAAAAUAUUCCAGAUACUAUUUAUAUUGAUUAAAAAAAUAACAAACAAAUCAACAAAGUACAAAAUUCAACAUUUAAUUAAAAUUAUAUAAAUAGAGGAAAAAAAAAUAUUUUAUUUUUAUCAAUUUAUCAGUUGAAGUGUCUGAUAAGAUAUGAAUGUAGAAUAUAUAUAUACAUUCAUAAAUCUCACAAUAUUCAAUCAGUUGUUAAAUUAAAAUUGACACUAGGAAAAAAUUAACCGUUAAUAAAAAUGUAUUCCCUUCAAGUGUUCAUCAUCAUGGCGUUUUUCGUAGCAGCCUCAAUACAAUUUACACCUUAUCAAAAAUGUAAAAGUGGUAAUGCACCUUUGGCAUUGCGAGUUGGUGACUGCAAAAAUUUACCAUGUAAAUUUAAAAGAGGAACUGAUGUACAUGGAGAAUUUGAUUUUAAUGCUGCUGUUGAUACUGAUAAUCUUCGUAUUGAAGUUGUUGCCAAGGCACUUGGCAUCACAACAAAUUAUCCAAUGCCUGAGCCAAAUGCAUGUAAUUCAUUAAUCAAUGGCAAGUGUCCAGCUACAAAAGGUGAUUCAUUAACGUAUGGUUUAACAAUGCCAGUUCUUAAGAGUUAUCCAAAAGUAAAAGUACAUAUUAGAAUGCAACUCGUUGAUAAAAGUAAUGUUGUACAUUCAUGUUUUGAAAUUGAUGCAAAAGUUGUAUCUUAAAAAAUAUAAAAUAUACUUAUAACAAUUAUUAAAUUAAUCUUUUAUUAUUUUAAGAGUUUAGUCUAAAAAAAAUACCAACUUUGAUUAUUUUAUUCUUUUCGUAAUGAAAACAAUUUAAUAUUGAGAUUAGAAAUUUUAGCAAGGAGAGUUAUUGAUGGAUGGAUUCAUCAAUCAUUUUUCAAGUGAUUUUAGCAAUCUUUUUAUCUAUCUAUAGAUAAAACUAUAUGAAAUAAUUUUAAGUUAUUUAAAAUUUUAUGGAAUCAAAUAAUACAGUAAUUUCAACACAAAAGUUUCGUUUGAAAUAAUUGAAAUGAGAAAACGAAAAAAUUAUAUUUUUGCUAUUACUUGGCUCUUGUUUUUUCCUUCAAUGAUAAUUUUUUUUUUUUUUUUUUUUGAUACAUUAAUCAAUUAUAGAUAAUCUCAUCUAUUGUAAUUUUAUAUUUACGUUUUAUUUUUUAAAAAAUCAAGAAAUUGAUAAUUGAUAAUAUCAAUGACACAAUUCUUCUCACGUGCCAAGUAUUUAUCUUAAUGACAAAUGAUAAAAAAUAUUUCGAAUUAACUAUUUAUGUAUCUUAAAAAAAAAAAAAGAAAUACAUAUUUUAUUUUCUUAUCAAUUUUAAACUAAGAAAAAUAUCAAAUAAAUUUUUUUAAUUAUAUAUUUUUAAAUAUUUAUCUUGAAAAUAAAAUGAAAAAACAUAUUUUUUUUUUUCUAAUCAAUUUUAAAUUAAAAUAAACAAUUUAAAAUUUAAAAAUAAUAUUUGACCUUGAUGAUUAAAAACCAACAAACAUCAAGUAUAUUUUUUUUGUAUUCUAUUUUUUUUUUUGUAUGCUUUAAUUAUUAUUAUUAUUUUAAGAAUAUAUUUAUAAUUUAUUAUUUAGGGUCGAGAAAAUAUAAAAAUUUUGAAAAAAUGAUGUGUUUUUUUUUUUCAAUGAGAAAUAUUAUUUUAUAAUAGAAGUUUAUAAUUUAUGGUAUAGAGCUAAAAUUGUAACCCAUUUUUCAAUUGAUGCUGAAGUAUGUACAUUUGAUUGAUAAUGGAUUCAUGUGUUGCAAAUCAAUUUCAAUUAUUUUCACAAAAUUUAAUUUAAAUGUUUAUAAUUUUUUUUUUCAUUCAACUAUAUACUUAUGUAUAGCUUUAGAAUAAA